AAAGACGGUUGAAGAGACGGUUCUGGGGUCAUUAUAUGUACCGCUGAAGGGUUUAGCUUACAAAGUAGCCUUUGAGAUCACUGAGUGCAAAAUAAUUUGUUCUGUUUUUAGUACUUAAUUUGAGGUCAGGUUAUUGCCUGCAUUCCUCAGGUCUUGUGUUAACGUUGCAGUCACUGGGGAUGCAUGCCGCUCAAAUAGGCCUAGUCGAUUCGGCGCUAACUACGGUCCUGAAAUUCAUUAUCUAUUCUAUUUACCGACACCCAAACCUGCCUAUAAUACCCGACCAAAUCAGCAAGUACCUUUUGGGUGUCGAAAAUGUCGAUGGGUGUUGAUGCUUGAAGCCACUCGGACUUAAAAACUUUAAGUUAGGAGACCCAGUUUGGUAUAUGAACUCUCCAUGAUUAGCGCGUGUGUACAUUUGGGAAAUGAAGUUUCUCGUGAAUUUCUAAACCUUACAUUGUUUUGUCACAUUCCAUUAUUAUUUAUCAGGGUAUUUCAUUUAGAUAUUGGAUAAUUCUAAGAAUUCAGACAGGCAUCUUUUGGGGUAGGCAGUUAACUUCUGUUCCAUGGCUGUGUACCUUUACGAGGUACCGCGGGGAACAGACAGCGACUCCGAGCUACUGUGGCUUUAAGAAACUGAGUGCCUGUCAAGGUGGGUCUUCAGAUGCUGCUGCGUCGAUGACGCCGCCAGUAGGACAGAACGAGGGGACGCAUUCGGGGGGUUAUGUGUGGUAUUUCUCGGCGGAUGCUUAUAAUGUACUGCUCCUCUAAAGCAUUGCAUUAGCCAUUUUACUUUCGAUGCGACCACAUCUUGUUUAGGUUGGUGGUUGACGCUGUAUCCAUGUGCAAUGCUUCUGACAGCGCUUCCCCAAUUGAACAUAAAGGUUGAGGAUCCUGCUCACAUGCUUCCCAAGACAAGGAAAGCCCUCAGCAUUCAGGAGAUUGCUGCUCUGGCCAGAUCUUCAUUUAACGGCAUCUCCCAGGUGGUGAAGGACCAUGUCACCAAGCCCACUGCAAUGGCCCAGGGCCGCGUCGCUCACCUCAUCGAGUGGAAAGGCUGGUCCCGGCCUCUGGACCCACCCUCUGCAACACUGCAAUCCCACUUCAGUUCCUACUGCCACCUCACUGAGGGCGAACAGGAGGCCCGCUUUGCAGCAGGUGUGGCUGAGCAGUUUGCCAUAGCUGAGGCCAAACUCCGGGCCUGGACAUCUGUCGAUGAGGAGGACGGGGAUGAGGAGGAGUAUACUGAUUCUUGUGAUGAAGACAACUCCAAAAAUAAUGACCUCUCUCUGAUGACUGAAAGCACAGACGCCACAUCGUCCAAUCCACUGUCUCAAACUCCGUGCCAGGCUGAGAUUGACAGCGCAGAGGCCCAGGCCCUCUCUGACUGCUUGUCCAAUCCUGUAGGGCAGGGCAGCUUCCUAGAAUCCCAGCCUCAGUUUAAGAGGGAGAGGGAAUGGGAACUCAGGAGUUCCACGGAGCCAAACUGCCUUGACGAGGAGGAGGUGGAGGUGGAGGUGGAGGUGGAGGGGGGGGAGGAGCAGCAGCAGGCCCAGCCUUGGGGGCUCCACUCCGGGGCCACCUGCGUCCCUGGCCCCCACAGGCCCAGCCGGAGGUCUCUGUGGAGCGGAGGAGACUCCUGCUACUACUCCAUCACCUCCUACUCUGAGUCGGGCCUUUCCCCUGAAGAUGAGGAGGAGGAGGAGGAGGAGGAGGGGGUGGAGAAAGGGCAAGGGCAGGACGAGGAAGAAGGUGAGGACAGUGUCUUCCGGGAGGCGAUCCACUGCUACAAUCACUGCCGGAGCAUGUCUGAUACCUCGGGUGUGGUGUCCUUCGAGGAGGAGGAGAUGGAGGAGAGGAAGCGUGUGAAGCUGUGAUGGCCCUGCGAGUCCCCUCCUUUCUCUGCUAGUCCUUCCAUUAAGCUAUUGUUCCCUCGCUCUUUGAGGUUACUCUGCUCUCUCUCCUCUGUUCUCCUUUCCUGUCCUUCUCUACUCUCCUUUAUCUCUACUCUCUGUCCUACCCAACACACACACACAUACACACAAACACAAUUGAUCUCUCACAUUCAGACACACAGUCUCUCCUUUACUCAUUCUUUCUUUCACUCUUUGACAC